CAAAUCCGUUAAAUUCUCAAAUUCAAACCGCAACGUUUUGGAGGGCGCUGUUCAGUUUUCUGUUCUCUUGUUUUGUGAAAAGAGGUCCCGCCAAAUGUCGAGGUCGAAGUAUUGAUAAAGAACGUUGAAUUUUACAGCUUUAAUUUUUAGGGAACUUUCUUUUAGAAUAAAGAUUUUAUUCAGGUCGAAUUGAAACAAAGUUUUGGGAGACAUUUCUGGGUGAUUUUGUUACCCACUCUUGGGUUUGUGGUAGUUUCAGUUGACUCCAUUACCACUCAGUUUGAUUGGGUUCUUCUCAGGUUUAAAAAAUGGGUGAGCGACGUUCAAGCCGAAGGGUAAGGUACGACUUUGAUGUUGCACUUAAACGUCUUCUUGAUAUAGUAGAAGUCAAUCUAAACGAGGCCCUCGGUAACUACGAAGCAAACUUAGAGUGGUUGAUAAAUUAUCCUGUCAUAGCGAAACAAAAGUUAAUGAAUUCAAGGGAGGGCUUCAAAAUGCCCCAGACUCCUGCAAGGAAAAAGACUAGACAACAGACGAAAAGAUUUUUAAACGAAGAUGAUGAACAAGCAAGUGGAGACCACAAUGCUGUACCAUCAAAAAAAGGAAAACUUUCACACGAAGAAAAUGAAUUCCAGGAAAUCCUUGGUGGGAGACCAAGACGUCAGGCCUCUUGUGUUGCAAAAUCUAAAAUCCAGCAAUCUGUAAAGAUGGCUAACGAUUUGAGACAAAAAAUGAGGCGACCGAAGGCAGAUAAAAGUGACGCAGAUAGCAAUGUAUCGUCUAUCCAAGAUUCGUCAUCUGUUCAGGAUUCCGAUUUUAAUAACCAACGUAUUGAAAUGAAGGAUGGAAGUCCAGAUCUAUGUGAGCCCAAAUCAAAGAAUAAGGCCAAUAACCAAAAAAGGUUCGUGAAAUCACAAGAAACAUCUCCCCCUCUCUCGGCAAAUAGUACAUUCUCGAAAGGAGAGGCUAAAUGUCCUCCACCGACAAUGUUGAAGGUCAACUUUGCGUCCGAACCAACAGUAAUUUCACCGCCACCCGAGAUUUCCGAAACUUUCGUCGUUCCUGAUGAGCCAGUUGAACAGGAGAUAUUGUCUCCUAUUCAGCACGUACCCGUAAUCCCUGCUUUCGUUGAAGAAGUCCCGUGCGUUCCCAAGAAGAGAGGUAGACCUCGCAUCGUCGCAAAAAAGAUUGAUUCAGGUAGCGAGAACGAAAAGAUUGUCCCCGACAAAAAAGUCGAAAAACAAAUCAUUGAAGAUUCGUUGCCCUUGGAAGAGCCAAAGGAAAUCAAGCGCCCAUCAUCCGAGCUGAAUGUGGCAAGCGACCCGGACGCUUUGCUCAAAAAGAAGGUUCGCAAAGCACGAAAACCUGUCGAAGAAAGUUCAGCCCCUGCUGUUGUUGCACCCACUGCUGCUGCACCUAGCCUCCGUCAAAAUCGCAACCAAGGAACCUCUGUCCGCUCAUCCGCCGUGGUUGUUCCGAAUUCGCCUCGUAUUGUAAAAACUCCUUCGAAACUCCACGAGCAAAUUCAGAGGAACGCAAAUAAUCAGUUAAACCCAACGAACUCUUCUCCACUUAAAAGGGUCUUCACUCCUAAGCUUGUCUUCAGCCCUUUCAAACCUACAUCGGUGAAAACAAAAGUAGAGGCCUUUGAAGCGGCACUAGGUAGCGGUGGACCAGGAACCCCUACUGCCACCACUACAAACAGCAGCGCAAAACCCAAGACGUAUGCUCUUCCGGAAGUUCGUGUUCUUUUGCAGCGACUCACAAGUCAACAACUCAAAGAAGCCGCAGGUGCCGUGAAGCCCCAACGGGUAUCGCGGAAGCCAAAAGAAAAAGAAGCUAAACGAUGCACAUUUGUUUUGGAAAACUCGGAUUCUGAAAAGGAAAACAAAUCGACAAGACAGUCUGUGGCCCGAACUUUGGCACGGAAAAGUUUAGACAAGGCUAAACAUAUCGUUGUUGCUGCUGCUCGUAAUAAGUUGCUGGCCAGUACGACGCAAAACGAAGCGACUGAAAGCCCCAACGUUCACGUCAACCGAAAUGCUGCGACGCUAAUGAGCAAAUUUCGUUUCGCUACUGCUUCUGGAUCGUCUGGAUCUUCAAGUUCAUCACUGAAUCGUUACGUGACCAUGACUCAAGGAAAAUCGGCGUCUAACAUAGUCACAGGUAUCGGCACGUUUACGGGUACUAAGCCAGUGCCGAUGCCUACUAAAGCCACCGAAGAGGACGGGCUCAAGCGCAAGGAAUUGGAACUCAAGCGGUUGAAGGAAAAAGAAGAGGAGGCUGCUCGCAAGCGUGAAGAGUAUUUGAAAGCCAAGGCCGAGGAACAAAAACGGAAACACGAGUCUCGAGCGAAACGUGCCUUGGCGCAGCGCACCCUAAUCACUAAACAACACAAAGAAGAACAGAAACAAAAACUUGAGAACAAAGAAGAAAAGAGUGCCCACUUGAAGCAGAAAAUACAAGCUGAGAACCAAGAGAAGGCAGAACGCGUCCGGAUAGCUCAGCUGCAAAGACAACAAGAAGCCGAACAGCGCCGCAAGGCCGAAGAACUACAAAAGCAACAGGAAUGGGAGGAAGAACAACUUCGUUUGCAAGCCGUUAAGAAGGAACAGGAGGAACAAGAAAAGCAAGCCAAGUUGAGGCAAGCUGAGGUUGAAAAAGCCAAAGCCGCCGCCGCCGUUGCUGUGCCAGUCCCAGGACCUUCCACGUUGAACGCUACCGUCACGCUGCCUUCGUCUGUCUUUGCAAACUACCAGAUCACGCCAGUGCGCGUGACCAAGAAGGGGAAACUUUUCAAUCCCGACAACUAUGAUAUCGGUGAUAUGCGCUCAGAUGACUCUACCGACGAUGAUUCCAGGCCCAGAAAAUCUAUUCCUACUUGGGCUAGAAGUUUCAAUCUUAAAGUGGCGUUAGCGCAGCAAACGGAAGCAAAUAUUGAUACCGCCCAAAUUUUCCCCGGAGACAUACUCCUUCAAGAUCCUGACCUGAGCGCUAUAUUUAAGAUUAAACGUGCCCGUUUUGAUAAGCGCACGUCCAGCGCAAUCUGGAAAACCCCUCCCGCGAAUCACAUGUAAUAUGCACACUUCCAUUUCACAUUGGAACUUUUCUUUUGUGUUUUUAAACAGAAAUUUAUGCUACUACCUUUUGCCUUGCUUCUAUCAUUCAUUAUAAUACAAAAAAAGUACACGGUUA